CUGCCCCGGGACAUGAAAAAAGGAACACGGGGAAAGACCCGGUGAAGGGGCAGAACAGGCAGGUGAGAGCCUGAAGAGCUCAGUAAUCUGAAGCUUGGUGGGAAGAAGGGAUUCUGGGCUAGAAAGGGUGCAGAAGCCUGAAGUAGAAAGAGACAGGAUUUUGGUCCGGGGUGGAGAGAGGGAGUGCAUUAAAAAGGGCCAAGGCCCACGAUAAGGUAGACAUUUAAAAGGGCAGAUGCCCCGAAAAAACAUUUGAAAGGGUACAGAUGCCCAAGACAGAGCAGACGCUUGAGGAGACCAGCUCGGCAAACGGAAGACAUUUAAAGUGGUUCCCUCGACCCAGGACCCCCCGUUCCUAGGCUAUGGCCCCCAGUGUCCUGUAGACCUGGCGGGCCCCCCGUGCUUGCGACCCCUAAUUGGGGGUCUGGGCGGCUACUGGAGGGUCUUGCAGAGAGGCAGAGAAGGCAGGACCAUGACAUCUAGGGCCUCUGAACUUUCCCCGGGGCGCAGCGUGACGGCUGGCAUCAUCAUUGUUGGAGAUGAGAUCCUUAAGGGACACACUCAGGACACCAACACCUACUUUCUGUGCCGGACGCUGCGCUCCCUAGGGGUCCAGGUUUGCCGAGUCUCAGUUGUACCUGAUGAGGUAGCCACCAUUGCAGCUGAGGUCACCUCUUUCUCCAGCCGCUUCACCCACGUCCUCACAGCAGGCGGCAUCGGCCCCACUCAUGAUGAUGUGACCUUCGAGGCAGUGGCACAAGCCUUUGGAGAUGAGCUGAAGCCACACCCUGAGCUGGAAGCAGCCACCAAAGCCCUGGGAGGAGAAGGCUGGGAGAAGCUGUCACUGGUGCCCUCCUCUGCCCGCCUGCAUUACGGCACAGAUCCUCACACGGGUCACCCCUUCAGAUUCCCGCUGGUCUCCGUCCGAAAUGUCUACCUCUUCCCAGGCAUUCCAGAGCUGCUGCGGCGGGUGCUGGAGGGGCUGAAGGGACUGUUCCAAAACCCAGCUGUUCAGUUCCACUCGAAGGAGCUGUAUGUGGCUGCUGAUGAAGCCUCCAUCGCCCCCAUUCUUGCUGAGGCCCAGGCCCACUUUGGACGUAGGCUUGGCCUGGGUUCCUACCCUGACUGGGGCAGCAACUACUAUCAGGUGAAACUGACUCUAGACUCAGAGGAAGAAGGACCCCUGGAGGAAUGCCUGGCUUACCUGACUGCUCGUUUGCCCCAGGGAUCGCUGGUCCCCUACAUGCCCAACGCCGUGGAGCGGGCCGGUGAGGCCGUAUACAAGCUCGCUGAAUCAGGGUCUUCUCUGGGGAAAAAGGUGGCAGGUGCCCUGCAGACCAUUGAGACCGCCCUGGCUCAGUACAGCCUCACCCAGCUCUGUGUGGGCUUCAACGGGGGCAAAGACUGUACCGCCCUUCUGCACCUCUUCCAUGCAGCUGUGCAGAGGAAAUUACCUGAUGUUCCAGACCCCCUCCAGAUCCUGUAUAUCCGCAGCAUCUCCACUUUCCCUGAGCUAGAACAAUUUCUACAGGACACCAUCAGGAGGUACAAUCUGCAGGUGUUGGAGGCUGAGGGCAGCAUGAAGCAGGCCCUGGGUGAACUGCAGGCACGGUAUCCCCAGCUAGAGGCUGUCCUGAUGGGCACCCGCCGGACUGACCCCUACUCCUGUAGCCUCUGCCCUUUCAGCCCCACCGACCCAGGCUGGCCGUCAUUCAUGCGCAUCAACCCGCUGCUGGUAACGGGGAAGAAGGACUGGACCUACAGAGACAUCUGGGACUUUCUUCGUCAGCUCUUCGUCCCAUACUGUAUCCUGUAUGACCGAGGAUACACAUCGCUGGGGAGUCGGGAGAACACCGUGCGGAACCCGGCCCUGAAGUGCCAGAGCCCAGGAGGACGCCUCACCUACCGUCCAGCCUACCUACUGGAGAACGAAGAAGAGGAGCGGAACUCCCGCACAUGACCGCCCACCCUAGGAGGGAGGGGAGGAGGCUCUCCUAGGGUGUAACCUGACAAUAAACCGUGCCUCUCACUGUG